CUCUCUCUCUCUCUCUUCUCUCUCUCUCUCUCUCUCUCUCUCUCUCUCUCUGUAAUUCUAAACUUUCUCUCUGAUAUUUCACUGCUCCCCCUUACCCUCUUUUGUUCAUCGUCCGCUCCAGUCAAAACCACCAAUUCACCCCGAUUUGAAACCCAACCAAAUCUCUCUCUCUCUCUCUCUCUCUCUCUCUCUCUCUAUUUUUCUCUCUGAAAUUACAGACUGUGCAGGGGAAGAGUUUGGGGAUUAGUGUGAGGUAUCUUCAAAUUGGUUUCUAGCGCUGGAUUGAGAACAAGAAUACGUUACUCAGAGCCUACUCUCUCUCUUUCUCUCGACAAUGAUCAAGAGGUGUUUCUACAAGCAAGAUCAUGGAGAUAAGGAUGACGACUCUGCCUCUUCUUUCUCCUCUUCUGACGAAGAUUUAGAUCCUAACCAAGAAGAAGAAGAAGAAGAAAGGGAAGACAAAGGGGCUUCUUCUCCAUUCCCAGGUUCAGGGUAUGAGAGUGAAGAGAGCUCUGAAAAUGAGCUUGACUGCUACUCUUCAGAUUUGCUGGUAAAGAAGGAUGAAGGGAACACAAAAACUAGCAAUCAAAUUCUGAAAGAUGGCAGAGACACAGCAUGUGAUAAGAAAGAACCCUUUGAAGCCAAUAUAGAUGAUUGUGUAAUAAAGUGUCGAUCUGUAUACAAGUGCCGCCUGUGCCCACGAAUUGUUUGUUUGUCUGAGGAAGUUUUGAGGGCACAUCUUAAGUCAAAGAGGCACGAUCGCUCGAAGAAGCUUUUUGCUGAAGGGAGGCUAAAAUUAAUGCUCAAUAGCGAUGGAGAAAUUGAGGAGGACCAAGAAACACAUGCAGAGAGGCAUGCCCGAACUGUGGCUACUGCACAGAGUUCAUCUAAUCCAAAAACGCGUAGUAGGGGACGGCAGCGACAAAGACUGAGGGCAAGAAAGAUGGAUUUUCAGAAAAUGUUGAAUGGACGAAUGAAGGAGAGCAAAUCAAAGGGGCCUGCAGAUUCUCCAAAGAAGAAAAGGCACAAAGCCAAGGACUGAAGGCCAAAUCAAGAUUUUUGACUGAUUGCCAAGAAUUGUCUUUAUUCACUUCUUUCUGCUCUUUUGUGGUUCCAUCGCGUACCCCACUGCUUAUUAGAUGAGCAUUUGAUGAUAAAUUAUCUGUCAUGCCCUUCCCUCAUUUUGGUGCAAUUCCUGACAAAGUAUUCACUGCUGGAUGCAAACUUCUAAAUCAGAUGGCCCUCCAUUUUUGAGUGCUUCAUUGGGGAUCUAUGUAUAUGUGUGUAGAAAGUAUUCUUUACUAACAUGCUGAGAUACUUUAACAGCUAGUCAAACAGUGAUGAAUAUAAAUGAAUGUGAGCAUUUAACA